AUGAGCCUCGAGCUGUACAAGGUUGAAUGUACGGUUCGGGACUUCCUCGGGCAGUGUAUGGAGCAGUGGAGUACGAUCCUUUGUCAUCUAGGCCAGCGGAUGACGGCUGCGGAGAACCACGUAAGGAUAAGAAGGGGUAUCUUCCAAGGCGAUUGUUUGAGUCCAAUCUGGUUCUGCCUCUCUCUGAACCCUCUCAGUACCUUACUGGAGGGCUCCGGGAGGGGAUUUCAGCUUCGGAAAGGAGGUACAAAAGUGACCCACCUUUUCUACACGGAUGAUCUCAAGUUACUCACCUCCAGUCGCUUUCAUCUUAUGGAAUUGCUAAACAUCACGAGUGAUUUUAGCAAUUCUAUUGGAAUGGAGCUGGGGACGGAUAAGUGUGCGAUCCUCCAUGUUGAAAGGGGAAGGGUUGCUAACUCUGAGGGCAUAGACUUAUCUAUGCCCAUCAACAUAAAGACCCUUUCCGAGGCUGAAACAUACCGAUACCUGGGUAUGUCACAGAACAUCGGUGUAGAUGAGGCGGGUAUGAAACAGUCAGUUUGCGAUGUGAUUUAA